UCUGGUUACACCGACUGCUGUCUCAUCAAAACAAAUCAAAAUUGAAACAAUUUUUAUUAAAUUAUCUAAAAAAAAAUGACUACAUCCGUCGAAAAACCACGUGAAAUCGGCUUUGAGAAGCAGUUUGCCACGAACGUAAACGGCGUGCCCACAGAGAUUGUUUUCCAGCGCUUCGGCAACAAAUGGUUUCUGCUGGCCACACAAUUCGGCAAGAUGCCCGGCAUUUACAACGUGCAGUUCGAUGUGGAGCGGCAGAAGCGGAUUCUGCCCUCCAUGCAGAAUCCCUAUGACAAUCCAGAGUUUCACAGGUCGGUGCCCAUUACGAUGACGGUGCGCCUGGGCCUGGACACGGACGAAAUCCGCAGCGCCAUACAAUUUCUGAUCAACAAAACGGAGCUCAAUGAAUGUCCAACGCAAAUCGAGAUGGCACUGGGCCUGAAGCAAAUCGAUGGACCCCAUCUGCGAGCCCUGGCCAAGGUUAUCAACGAGGAGAUCUUUUUGUCAACAAAUAAACACAAGUAACUGUGUAACAGUUUUUGUAAAUGUCCAUUGUUUCCAUGGGCCUUUGUACAGAAUUUUGUUAUGUCCAAUAAGCUUGAUUUAAUGUACUACUUAAUAUUGUACUGCCAGGAUAUAAAGAUUUAUAGGGCAAGCUCCGGCGACUCCUUGGUAUAAAUCUCCAGCAAAACAAGUCACACAAUCACUGAAAAUAAAACCCCCACUGCACCACACAGUUAA